UCAACCAGUUCAUCUGGUUCAAGGUGGGUCCUGGAAGCAACGCCUCCUGCAAGGAGUCUACACCUGACCACGAAGCAGAUGAGCUCAUACGGCGCGUCACUCACGGCAGGCAUCAUGGCGGCCGGCAACCACGCGGCGAUGCUGACAGAGUUUGAGUUUGAGAGACGCUUUGACCCAAGUGAAGUCGUUCGCUGGAUGCAGGACAACUGGAGCAUGUCGUUCGCGAUCUGCGCCUCGUACGUCGCCCUGGUGUUUGGAGGUCAGCACUACAUGAGGCCCCGCCCGAAAAUGAACCUGAGGAUGCCGAUGACUGUCUGGUCGCUGUCGCUCGCCAUCUUCAGCAUCAUGGGCGCCCUGCGUACGGGGUCCUUCAUGCUUCACAUCAUCAACAACGGUGGUAUCCGGCGGUCCGUGUGUGACCUGAUCUUUUAUGAUGGACCCGUCAGCAAGUUCUGGGCCUACGCCUUCAUGGUGAGCAAGGUGCCAGAGCUGGGCGACACGGUCUUCAUCGUGCUGAGGAAGCAGCGCCUCAUCUUCCUGCACUGGUACCACCACAUCACUGUGCUGCUCUUCACCUGGUUCUCCUACAAAGACAUGGUGGCGGGCUUCGGAUGGUGCAUGACCAUGAACUACAUAGUGCACGCGAUCAUGUACAGCUACUACACUGCGCGCGCCGCAGGACUGCGCGUGCCCCGCGCCCUGGCCAUGGUCGUCACGUGCGCCCAGCUGGGGCAGAUGGUGGUGGGCGUGGUGUUGACCGGGCUGGUGUACAGCUGGACGCAACACGGCGACUGCCCCUCCAACAUGGUCAACAUCACCUGCGGGGGACUCAUGUACUUCAGCUACCUCCUCCUCUUCCUCAACUUCUUCUACAACACGUACCUGCAGCCCAACAGGAGCGCCAAGGCCGAGUAGGAGGGGCCAAAGGCGCACGCCGGUGAACGCCGGGACACGAGGAACGUUGGCGCCACUUCCUGCUGAAGAUGAGUCAUAAACGGUCACUUCCUGUCUUUUACAUUCACUUAGGACCUGGGUUACUGAACAACUUUUAUUUUGGGAAGUGGAGUUGGAGUUUGGAGCAGUAUUCCGUCCGCCACAUCACACAUUUCUUUUUCAGACGGUACCAGCUGGCUCGUUUGCGCUCCUGGGACUAGUUUGCUGCUGAGCGCCGUAUAUAGGGGUGUGAGAGUAUGGGUUAUCUUCCCACGUUGCCCGCUUGCUACGUCCCCUCCAAAACCAAAAAUUAUACACGAUUCACAUAAUAACAAAUAGACAAGGACCAUAAUUACAGACUUGAUUCGGGGUGUCCAAACAUCUUGACUUGGGGGUCGCAAUGGGAAAAAAAAUUGGGCCAGGGGCCAAAAGCUGACUGCACAUAAAGUAACAAUAUAUAUGUACACACAUAU